ACUUCGUCAAUUCGCGGCCAUACAGUUUGCAUUACCUUUUUUAUCACGGACUCUAUACAUACGCCUUAUAAUCCUGCUGUCUCGCAUUAAGUCGAACCUCAGACCUCAGCAGUUCCGUCAGUGUUAAGUUUACUUCCACUCGCCAACGUGUCCUACAAUUGUCAUGACUGUACCCCCAGCUCGUUGCGCGGAUGUCCAGGUAUGUUUGAAUUUAGGCCUUUCGACGUCGGCUAAAUUGCUACAGGUCGGAGAUAUCGCUUGCUGCGACCCAAACCUUGCAGUCCCUCUUCUGAGAGCCUACAAUCAUGAUGCAGACAAGAAGGAUCACUUCUACACCACUAAUGCUAAGGAGAUGAAAACAGCCAUCGACAUGCUUGGAUACGCUGCGGAGGCAGUCGCUGCCUACGUCUUUCCCACCCCACAGCCCGCCACUGUCCCGCUCUAUCGCAUGUUCAAUACGGGUGGUGUGGACCAUUUUUACACCACGUCGUUUGACGAGAUGCAGCGCUCGGUUCUAGAAAAUGGUUACAACGAUGAAGGGAUCGCUGCACAUGUCUUUAAGACUAACAUAUGCGGAAGCAUUCCCCUCUACCGUCUGUGGAGCGUACAUGAUACAGAUCACUUAUACACCACGAGCAUAAAGGAGGUGAACACCUCUGUUGCCAAAAAUGGUUAUGUCUUUGAGGGCAUCGAGGCUUACGUACUUCCUGUUCGUUAGUUUGACGGACACAAAGGAUUUGAUUCGAUGUAGAUCGAUGUGUAGAAUUACUUUGUGUUUUACUUCCCCGGUUGAAGGCUCCUGAUGUUAUUCUCCCCGAAAAUUCGAUGCCUUUCACAAACCUGC